AUGACAACCCGCAAGCGCAACGAAUUUCUCGAUCCAAUCUCCGACGAAGAUGAAGGCAGCGAAGCCGGAUACGACUCCGAAGCGGCAGAGGAGACGAAAGGCCGGGGUAUGAAGCGGCGACGAACGGAGCCGUCGCGCGGGUUCUUAGACACUGGUAGCGAGGAUGGUGAGGAUGAGGAGGGGGUGUCUGAUGGUGGGGUUUCGGAUGAUGAAGACGAGAAAGUUUCGCGAGCGAGAGGGAAGGGCAAGGGUAAAACCAAGGCAGCGGAUCGCAAGAAGAGCGCCGACGAAGAUGAAGACGACGACGACAAUGACAACAAUGAAGAUGAAGAACAACGCGAGAGCGAAAGAGAAGAAGCCCAGUACCUCGACACAACAACCAGCGACCGCCCACCAAAAGACAAACCCCUAAAACCCAGACCUCUCGACAAAACCAAACCCCCCAAGAAAAACAAAACCGGCGUCAUCUACUUCUCCUCCCUCCCCCCCUACCUCCGUCCCUUCGCUCUGAAGCAUAUGUUAGAAUCCAGAAGCUUUACUGGGAUAACGAAAGUCUUCCUAAACCCCGCCGUACCCUCUGCCUCUGCGCCACGGCGCCGCUCUAACAAACGCAAAACUUACUCUGACGGCUGGGUGGAAUUCGCGUCAAAGAAGACCGCGAAGCUCUGCGCGGAGACGCUCAAUGCAACGAUCGUGGGUGGCAAAAAGGGCGGGUGGUACCAUGAUGAUGUAUGGAAUAUGAAGUAUCUGCGGGGGUUUAAGUGGGCGGAUCUGAUGGAGCAGGUGCAGCGGGAGAAGAGUGAGAGGGAGGCGAAGAGGAGGGUUGAGGAUGCGCGGGCGAGGAAGGAGGAGAAGGUCUUUGUGGAGGGAGUUGAGAGGGGUAGGGUGUUUGAUGGGAUGGCGAGGAAGAAUGAGGAGAAGAAACGGAGGAUGCCGGAGGCGGAUGUGCCUGAAGAGAAAGGGCAAGGGAAUGGUGAGGGGGAGAAGAAGGGGAAUGUUCGAAGGUUGUUUAAGCAGAAUGAGGUUAAGACGCCGAGGGAUAGGAUUAAAGAUGAUGGGGCUGCUGCGCUGGGGGAGGAUACGAAGAGAGUGCUGGGCAAGAUUUUUUGA